CAUGCCCACAUGGCUGCACAUCGCAUCGGUUUCGUUCUCCGCGCUCUCACUGUAAAGAACGAAAAGAACAGUCGAAAUGGGUAGAGAACGCGACAGGAGUGACCGUCGCGAAUCAAGUCACAAACGCAAGCUCAGUGACGACCGCGGUGACCGCGACAGCGAUCGCAGCAAGCACGGGCGACGGCACAGCUCAUCGAGGUGUGACAGUGAAGAUCACGGUGAUCGCGACAGUAGCCACAGAAAACAUAGGCGACGAUACAGCUCACCAAGGCGUGAUAGUGACUACCAAAAUGAUCGCGACAGCGCGCCGAGGAAGCACGGACAACGGGACAGUGGGCCAAGAGAUAGCGACCGGGUCCCACCGAAACCAAACAGUCGAACUUCAGAAUGCAAGGACCUGUCGCAAUUUCGCCAUGACCUCACGCGAAUAUUUUUUGGUGACAACAGCCCUAUCAAAAGGCAUUCUAAGCAGUAUGACAACUUUUGGACAUUCCUCAAGAAGUAUGAAGAGCGAAAGCAGAAAACCGCAACUGAGGCUGGGACUUCGAAACCUGACCCAUUGGAGUGUGCUGACCCAUCACUGGGCCUACCUGCAAUUUACGAUCCUCUCCACAAAGUGAACUUUUCCAUGUUCCCUGAGGAGCCCAGAGUCCUCAUGCUCGAUGCCGGUGUUCACAUUGACAGCAGUGACACGUCACAGUCGCUUACCGAAGAGGAAGUGGCCGAAGUGCGAAAUGUUUUCCACCUCUAUCUUGACUUCCUCCAAAGACAAAAGUUUCUGAAGCUCAAGAAACUGCGUGAAUUCCAAAAGAACCUCCCCAUCGCUCAGUACAAGGACACCAUCCUGAAAGUGGUGUCGGAGAACAGUGUCGUGCUGAUCGCUGGCGACACCGGUUGUGGGAAAUCUACACAGAUACCACAGUACCUACUCAGCGGUGGACUAGAAGGCAUCGUAUGCACACAGCCACGAAGGAUUGCUGCAAUCUCCCUGUGCAAACGUGUUGCCUAUGAGACAUUGAACGAGUACGGAACCCACAUUGGGUACCAGAUUCGGUUCGAGAAGCGCCGCAGCAAGCACACGAAGAUGCUGUUCCUGACAGAGGGACUGCUGCUACGACAGAUUGCCAGUGACCCCAUGCUGAAGGAAUACAAUGUCAUCAUCCUUGAUGAAAUUCACGAGCGACAUCUCACGUGUGACUUUCUCUUGGGCGUUGUGAAGUGCCUUAUGCAGCACAGGAAAGACUUGAAGAUCAUCCUGAUGUCUGCAACCAUUAACAUCCAGCUUUUCUCCCAGUAUUUCUACAACUGUCCUGUUGUACAGGUGCCUGGACGGCUGUUCCCGAUUCAAAUACAGUACCACCCGGUCACUGUGGAGGAAAAACGUUCUCGUACGGGCCGUCUCAAUCCCGCUCCCUAUGUCAAGUUGCUGAGCCUCAUCGACAACAAGUACCCCAGCAACGAGCGUGGUGACCUGCUGAUAUUCUUGAGUGGCAUGAGCGAGAUCUCGGCCGUGCAAGAGGCAGCAGAAGAGUAUGCCAACCAAAAUGGCCACUGGGUCAUCCUCCCCUUGCACAGUACACUUUCGCUGGCUGAACAGGACAAGGUUUUCGACUAUGCACCAGAGAAGGUACGAAAGUGCAUUCUGUCAACCAACAUUGCCGAGACGUCCGUGACCAUUGAUGGUGUUCGGUUUGUCGUGGACUCUGGGAAAGUGAAGGAGAUGAGUUACGACUCAGCCAGCCACAUGCAAAAGCUCAAGGAGUUCUGGAUCAGCCGUGCCAGCGCUGAACAACGCAAAGGUCGUGCAGGCAGAACAGGGCCUGGUGUGUGUUUUCGGCUCUACUCUGAGGCCGAGUACGAGGCGCUGGCCGCAUACUCGACACCAGAGAUCCAGCGCGUGCCCCUCAAUUCGCUGCUGCUCCAGCUUGUGGCGCUCGGACUGCCAGAUGUACGGAAGUUUCCCUUCCUGGAGCCGCCGCCCUCAGAGAGCAUAGAGGAGGCAGUCCAGACACUCAAGGAACAGGGCGCCCUCACCGCGGACGAAGACCUGACGCCAACAGGCCGGAUUCUGGCACAGCUUCCAGUGGACGUCACCAUUGGGAAAGUCCUCAUUCUUGGCUGCGUCUUUCGGCUGGUCGACCCCAUACUGUCACUCGCCGCUGCCCUUAGCAUCCAGUCCCCAUUUACGCAGAGGUCGUUUCGAGACCUUGACGCUUCGGCAGCACGCAAGAGCGUGGACUCUGACCACGGUGACCCAUUUACGUUGCUGAACGCGUACCACGAAUGGCUUUCAGCCAAGUCGAGCUAUGGCGAAGACACAAGAAAAUGGUGUCGCCGUCUGGGGCUGGAAGAGCAGCGUUUUUACGAGAUGACCAAGCUGCGAAGCCAGUUCAAGCAGCUGCUUCAGGAGGUGGGCCUGAUGGAGAGUGAAGUUGAGGUCGUGGACAGUGUUGCCCGAAUCCAGCGCCAUGGCGAGAUGAAGCAGCUGAGAGAUCUGCGGCGGCAGCUGCAGAAGGCGCCGCGAAAGAAGCGCGUGCUCCGUGUCGGCCACUGGGGCGACGAGGACGAGGAAGAUGAGCAAGUCGACAUCAAGGAUGUUGAGUUCAGGCUGCAGCAGGACCCUACCUUAGUUCAGGAGUUCCUUCGUCGCAGCCGCAGUUUCGGCUUCCACGACCUCAGCCUGAUGAAGCUGAUCUUGUGCUCUGGUGUGUACCCUCAGAUUGCCAUCUCGGAUGACCACAAUUCGUACAAACGAGACUCGGACCAACUUUUCCACACCAAAGGCAAAGGGUUUGUGGUCCUCCAUCCCAACAGCGUCCUCGCACUGCAUGCGGAGGUGCUGCGUCUGGACGAUAUGGAUGUCUUGAUGGUCCCCAACUUCAGGAGUAACCUGCCCGUCAGCGCGAAGCACCAAGUUGUAGCGUUCAUGUCUUUGCUGGAAACAACCAAGCCCUAUUUGCUGAACUGCUUAAGGGUGCAGUGUGUCCAGAUGUUGUUGUUGGUCUCUUCUGCCAUAGAUUCCAGCAUGACAAUGUCAAGGUUGGUCUUUGACGAAUUUGUUGAAGUUACCUUUCCUGAUCCGGACGAAGCUCUGCAACUUCUGCUUAAGGUCCUCGCUGCACGAAGCCUUUAUGAGAGACUGGUUGACUACAUGCUCGAAGAAACACUGUCUUCUGAGGAAAAAAAAGAGCCCAGCUCAAAGGUGAGGCGCAUGCAGAAGCAGUUGCGAAAGAGAUAUGACGCCGUGCUGAAGACGGAGAUUGCCUACACGGUGAAGCGUCUGCUGCCUGCCGACGUGAAGCAUCUCUACGCUGGUGCUCAAGCAUUCCGUGCACUAGCACAAGAAAAUGAAGACCACCUGUCUGAAGAUCGCUUUAAAGUGAAUCCGAGAAAAGGAGGAGUUUUCAUCAGCGGCUACUUCACCUUUGGAUGCCUUGAAGAAAUCAGCAUGCCUGAGGAGACGCUCAUGAACAAAACAUGCAAGUGCCCCCUAUGCGACAUGGAGCUCCCGUUCGCAGUUAUGGAUGCUGUUCUUCACUUGGACUCUUGUGACAAGGACAACCUAAUCACCAAAGAUGCUGAAAGCUGCCCCCAGGCAGAAGAGGAGGUAGCAGGCGAGGAGCAGAAUGAUCCUUUGAAAAAGGCUUAUUUCUGCAAGGAGUGCAACAGGGAGCUGCGGCUGACGUUGCCGGAGAUAUUCCAGCACAGAAAGACACACCAGUCUACGUCGCAAGAUGGAUGAAAAAGCACUGGACACACUCUCGGAGACUAACCCAGGAAUCCCGCUGCAACCAUGUCCUUUAGGAUCUGCGGGUUGCCGCCUU